AUGUCCACCAGCUUGAAGGACUUCAUUGCCAGGGUUUCGGACAGCCUCUCCUCAGUGACGCUGUCUCCUGUCUCUGCGGACACCGCACCUGUGGUGGCCGGAGUAGAAAGCGUGGCAAGGGCGACUGUGAGGAAAGCACUGGAGGGCACUCACAGCCACUUGGAGUCCAGGCGCCCUGUAUCGCUGAUGUCAGCGCUCUCCCAGAAUGUCCAGAUGCUCAUCCGGAAGAAGUGCCAUGCCGCCGGAAAUCUGAGCAACAUCAAUGCGGAGUUCCAGAGCUUUGAUCUGUUGCCACAUGAUGAUGUGGUUCUUCAGUCGCUGCACGAAGAAAUUCAACGCCAGCUAGAGGGGGCAUCUCGGAGCAUGGAGCAGAAAGCCAAGGACGCCUACCUCGAUGCCCAAAGCGGCGCGGAUCCCUGCCCGAGCUUCUGCGCCCGCUCUGCAAACGACCUCUCCGAGUUCCUCUCAGAUCUGGGAAGCCAUGCUUAA